UAGGCCACUGCCAUUGGCUUCAUUGUACGAAACCUAUUCUUUUGUUCCACACCGACAGCCACAUUUCUUAUUCAGAUUUCGGGCAGAUCUGGCUUCCUGGGGUAGUUCUCUGUAGAUUUGUGGAAAAUGCCCGUCGAUUAAAAGCUUGUUUCUCUAUAAAUUAUAUUGUGUGGUGGUUUUCUUCAGCAGAAAUGGACAUCGCAGGACCUGUAACUCCUGGUCAGGUUUCAUUUUUGCUUGGGAUUGUCCCGAUAUUUGUGGCAUGGAUUUACUCAGAGCUACUGGAAUACAAGAAAAAUUCAAUUUCUUCUAAAGUUGGCAGGAACUCUGAUAUCAAUUUGAUUGAGUUGGGUAAGGAAACAGUUAAAGAAGAUGAUAGAGCUGUUUUAUUGGAGGGGGGAGGUCUUCAAUCAGCUUCUCCUAGAGUUCCAAGUGUAUCUGUGACAUCUAACAUUGUCAGAUUCUUGCUGAUGGAUGAGUCAUUCUUGCUUGAAAAUCGACUGACAUUAAGAGCCAUAUUCGAGUUUGGUCUCAUUAUGGCCUACUUUUACAUUUCCGAUCGUACAAAUAUCUUUGAAGAAUCAAAAAAGAAUUACAAUCGGGAUCUUUUCCUGUUCCUCUACUUCCUUCUCAUCAUAGUUUCGGCAAUGACUUCUUUUAAGAUCCACCAUGAUAAGUCGCCAUUCUCAGGCAAAUCCAUACUUUAUCUGAACAGGCAUCAGACAGAGGAAUGGAAGGGGUGGAUGCAGGUAUUAUUUUUGAUGUAUCAUUACUUUGCUGCAACCGAAAUCUAUAAUGCAAUCCGUGUUUUUAUUGCUGCAUAUGUGUGGAUGACGGGAUUUGGAAAUUUCUCAUAUUAUUACAUCCGAAAAGAUUUCAGUCUUGCAAGGUUUGCUCAGAUGAUGUGGCGGCUUAAUUUCUUGGUGACAUUUUGCUGUAUAGUGCUAAAUAACAGUUACAUGCUAUACUACAUAUGCCCCAUGCACACCCUUUUCACACUAAUGGUUUAUGGUGCCCUUGGUAUUUUAAACAAAUAUAAUGAGAUCGGGUCCGUCAUGGCUGUAAAGAUCAUUUGCUGCUUUUUGGUGGUUAUUCUGAUAUGGGAAGUCCCUGGCAUAUUUGAUUUCGUUUGGAGCCCAUUUACUUUUCUUCUCGGUUACAUUGACCCAAAUCCUUCAAAACCAAAGUAUCCCCUAUUACAUGAGUGGCACUUCCGCUCCGGGCUUGAUCGCUACAUAUGGAUCAUUGGAAUGAUAUAUGCUUACUAUCACCCCACUGUUGAAAAGUGGAUGGAGAAACUGGAGGAAACUGAAGCCAAGCUAAGAAUAUCAAUUAAAACAGCUGCCGUGAUGGUUUCUUUAGUGAUGGGAUAUCUGUGGUUUGAGUAUAUAUACAAGCUGGACAGGGUUACCUACAAUAAGUACCAUCCUUAUACUUCGUGGAUCCCCAUAACUGUCUACAUAUGUUUGCGAAAUUUCACGCAGCAACUCCGUAGCUUCUCUCUGACUCUCUUUGCAUGGCUUGGAAAGGUUACCCUGGAGACAUACAUAUCACAGAUCCAUAUUUGGUUAAGAUCAGGCGUGCCAGAUGGACAGCCUCGCUGGUUACUAUCUCUUGUCCCAAACUAUCCAUUGCUGAACUUCAUGCUUACUACAUCCAUAUACAUUGCGAUCUCAUACAGACUCUUUGAACUGACAAACACAUUGAAGACAGCAUUUGUACCAAGUAAAGACGACAAACGCUUGAUGUACAACAUGAUCACAGCAGCAGUUCUCAUGAGUGCCUUGUACUCAUUGUCCCUUGUUUUGCUGCUGGCACCUCGGAUGCUGGUAUAAUUCGAGCAAAGAGAGUCCUCAAUUUUCAGUUCUUCCACAUUAAAGCGCAUGUUUGCAACACAUAAGAAAGCAUUCACCAGACAUGGACAACAGAGCUUGACUUGCAAGAAUGGAUGCCGGCAUCGAUGAUCACUGGCAUUUGAGGGGUAGGGCUAAGAUGUUAAAAGAUGCAUCAUAUCAAUUGUACUGACUCAGUUAAGGUAUUGUUUGAGUUUCCU